CUAAACCAAAAAAAGUAAAAUUUUUUAGAAUAUUUCAAAAAUAUAUAUCCUUCUUAAUCAAAAUAUUAAUUAAUAAUAAAGAUUCUAUAUAGAAUAAAAUUAUUAGCAAUGAACCCUUUUUACAACAAUCAAUUCAACUAGUUUCCUCCGUAAGCUAAUUAGAAUCUUUAUGGUUAAUUUCCUCCUUCGUAAGGAUUUUAAUAAUAUCCUCCUCCUCCUUAGUUUCAAGCUUAAUAAGGCUAAUAUCCUCCUUAAAACUAUCCUGGAUUCAAUACUCAACAAAAUUAAUAAUACCCUCCUCCUCCGCAAUUCUCAAACUAACCUAACAAUUAAAGCUCUAAUCAAGCUAAGUGCAACAAUGAUCACCCUAAUUAUACUAAAGAUAGAUUGAUAUAAAGUUAAAGAUUGGAACAAGACUUAUGGCUAGUAUCUCAAAAUUAAAAGUUUCAAGCAGGUGUACAAGAAGACGGAAACUUAAUAGUUAUGUCAAUGGCUAAUAACUAACCCAUUUGUGUGUUUUCAUCUUUAACUAAAAAAAAAGGGGAUGCUCCAUACAAUUUGUAGCUAUGCUCAAAUGGAAAUCUGGAACUUAAAGAUAAGCGCAAUGCUACUUUAUGGUAAUCAGACACUGUAAAUUAAGGUUAGAGUCCUCACACUCUUAUAAUGUAGAAUGAUGGUAACUUAGUAUUAUUUGAUAGUAAAAAGAAUACUAUUUGGUGCACUAAUACUACUAGCAAUACACCAGUAACCGGCUAGCCUUAAUGUAAUAAUAAUCAUGCUAAUUAUACAAAAGAUAGGAUGCAAUAAGGCAAAAGAUUAGAACUAGAAAAAUGGUUAGUUUCAUAAAACUAAAGAUUUUAUGCAGGAGUCUUAGAUGAUGGCAACUUAGUAGUUUCUACUUCUCAAAACUAUAGUCCUUAAACCUGCAUAUGGAAUUCAAACACUAAAAAGAAAGGAGAUGGUGGGUUUUAUUUGUCUGUUAAAGGUAAUGGCAAUUUAGAACUUUAAGAUAAACGUAAUGCCACCGUUUGGUAAUCUUAUACUGUAAAUUAAGGUUCGGGUCCUCAUAUUCUUAUAAUGUAGAAUGAUGGUAAUUUAGCAUUAAUUGAUAGUAAAUAAAGUAUUAUUUGGUGCACUAAUACUGCUAGCAAUUUUGGAGUUCCAAAUCAACCUAAAUGCAACAAUAGUCAUGCUAACUAUACUAAAGAUAGGUUAUAAUAGGGUGGUAGAUUAGAGCUAGAAAAAUGGUUAGUUUCACAAAACUAGAAAUAUUAUGCAGGUGUUUAAGCAGAUGGCAAUUUAGUUAUUUCUACUAAUUAAAACUAUAGUCCUUAUAGUUGUAUAUGGUCAUCUAUGACUAAGAAAAAAGGUGAUGGUUCUUAUUAUUUAUCAGUUAAGGGUAACGGCAAUGUAGAAAUAUAAGAUAAGCGUAAUGCUACUAUAUGGGAAACUGACACUUUGAAUUAGGGAUAGAGUUCUCAUAUGCUUAUAAUGUAGAAUGACGGUAACCUAGCUUUAUUUGAUAGAAAUUAAAGCAUCGUAUGGUGCUCUAAUACAGCAAGAGAAUGA